GACCCUUAGCAAGGUUGUUCUUCUCAAACACUGCCCAUCAUCACAGACACGUGCCAAGCUAUAAUUUGCGUACUUAUCAAUAGUUCGGGCUUGUGUGGCAACCGAAACAAACUACAGUGUGGGCUCAUUGCUCUGGCUUCGCGAGAAGUGGACACAGAAUUGGUAAAAGACCGCGCAUGCGCAAUCUCUGAGAAGUUUGGUCAGCAUCAGCAUCUCUCCACUGGAUGUCUGACAACCGGAAGGAUGCUGUGGCCGGGAAGAAGCGUGGGUAUUUUAUUGCGUUGACGCUGUGGCCGAUUAUUAGCAGCUCCGUCCUCAAAACGGACCUCGUCCAUUUAUUUAUUUUAUUUUUUCAGCGUUGGUAAUCUGCAUUAACAGCUGCCAUGUUCCCAUCGUGUCAGUCCCAGCCCGCGGACAGCGGCGCGAAGAAGAGCUCCAUGGCUAAGCUGCUGCUCGGGGUCUUUGUGGUUUACAUGCUCCACACCGCCUGGCUGCUGUACGGCUUCCUCAACACUAAACCCUGCGAUGGAAGCACAGGAGAGUACUGCAUCACCUCCUACCUGACAGCAAGACCCAGGCUACAGCUAAGUGUCUUCACCUGCCUCAUGCCAGACAACAGCCAACUGCACCUGGCUGUAAAAAUAGACCCAUUUGACCCACACUCUACAUUUGAGAGGCAGGUGAAUAUCUCUCUGCCAGAGCAGACUCGGGCUAACGGCACUCUGUAUGCAGUCGUGUACGUUCACAAGGCCGGUGUUUCACCUCUGGACGACGGCAGAGAAGUUCACUAUGCAACUCAGCUCACCACCUACAUCACACCCACACACACACACACAGAGGGGCAGAGAGACAUGCAGAAGAAGCCGAGUCCCAGAUCAGAGAAUCCUAUAUCCCAUUGGAGACCUCACCUGUCAAUCACUAUGAUGUCAGAGGACUUCACCUUCAACAAGGCGGGGCUUCCUAGUGAUGUGCGGCGCUACAUGAGAGUCUCUCAGGAUGGCCGACAGAUGAUCUACCUCCCUCUGCUGCUGGUUAACGAGCUCAGCUUCAGAGUCCGAGACCUCCUGGAGAUCAGCAGCAGCACCGUCCAGCUGCCUCUGACUGUGUCCUAUGAGGGAAUCUCUUUAAGGGGGUUCAGGUUCUGGGUGCAUCUACAGGACGUGGUUUAUUCCCUGCGACAGUUUGGCUUCACAGAGGAAAACAUAGAUGAGAUUAAAGAAACUUUGGUGGGCUCCAACCUCUACCUGUUAGUGUUGACUGCACUCAUCACAGCUCUACAACUUAUCUGUGAAUUCUUGGCUCUUAAAAAUGACUUCAGCUCAUGGAGAAAAAAGAAGAGCAUGGCAGGAAUGUCCAGGAAGUCAGUUCUGUGGCGUAGUCUCAGCACUUUGCUGAUUUUCCUCCAUCUGCUUGAAGAGACCAGUCUACUGGUGCUGCUUCCUGUUGGAUUGGGAGCAUGUGUUGAGGUAUGGAAGGUGUUCAAAGUGUUUAAGAUCCCGCUUCUAUGGAAAAGCUCCAAGCUCCAUGUGAAUAAGCUGGAUGAAGAAGAAAGAAAGACAGUGGAGUAUGACACACAGGCGUCCAGAUACUUGUCCUACUUGGUCUAUCCUCUGUGUAUCAGUGGAGCUAUUUUCUCACUGGCCUACUUACGCCAAAAGAGUUACUAUUCCUGGUUGGUCAACAGCCUGGUGACUGGAGUGUAUGCCUUUGGCUUCCUGUCUAUGGCCCCACAGCUCUUCAUCAACCAUAAGUUGAAGUCUGUGAGCCACCUGCAGGGGACAGUGUUGAUGUACAGAGGAGUGAACACCAUGAUCUCAGACCUGUGUUCCUUUGCCUCAUUUUUCUCCUUUUCUGGAUCAUUCUCCUCCUCUCAUCAACUUUCCUGCUUCAGAGAUGAGAUCCUCUUCUUUCUCUACCUCUACCAGCGAAGGCGUUACGCCCACAGGGCCAGGAGGCGAGAGUCCGGGCCCCACAGCAAGAAACUAAAGACUCAAUGAGAAGAACACAAAUUCCUCUCCUUCCUUUUUUUUUUCCAGUGCACAAACACACAAAAACUCCUUCUUAAAACAUCAUUGAAGAUGUGAAAUGGAGGCUCAGGAAAGGACACUGGGCCACGUGUGCCACAACAGCUUCAAACUGAUCCAAGAUGAGCUAUCCUGCCUCUGACUCUUGUCUACUGUACACUGAUGAUGCAGCUGCCGCUUUUUGCUCGACAUGGGUGAAGCUUCCCCCUUUACUGCUCCAGUGAUGGAACUUAUUCAUCUACAGACACAGAAGAAUAUUGACGGCAACAUAUGACCAGUCGUAAAGUGCGUUUUCUUGAUUCUGUUCUUUAUGCACGCAUACUGGGAGUUAAAGAAGGUGUUUCCUGGUACACUGUAAAGGAUGUAGCUUUCAAGCCAAUUACAUAAUCAUGAAUCAAUAACCAUCUGCUGCAACUAUAGACUUGAACUUUAUGACCGACUCACUCAACUUGACUUUCAUAUGGCUG